CUGGUGGGCUGCGAAAGGCGGAGCCGCCACGGAAACGGCUGUCCCCAUGGCUCUUGACGCGCCUGGAAUUGGACUCCGGACUUGGCGCUAAGAUGCUUGCUUUUGCCUUGUCCAACUUCCACAGCACGUAGUUGACGAUUGGAUUCCUGGGCCAAUCAAGAGUCUAGUUUCAAAGUGGUACUCCUGGGCUCUUCAUCCCAUACUCCAACAAGUCUAAUUUGAGACGAGAAGAGAGCGGUCUCCUGCUCUAACUAGUAGAUCUCCGUUCUGGAAUUGGACUUGACAGCUCUCCUCACCAAUACUUGCACUGCAGUGGCUACAGGGUUCUCUUGGGAGGUGGGGAUGGGAGUGCUCUGAAGGCCAGACCACAACAGUCUGAACCUCUACAAUGGACCGAGUUUUUGAAAUUCCUGAGGAGCCAAACGUGGAGCCAGUAUCCUCUCUGGAGAAAGAUGUCAUCCGUGGGACCAGCCCCCGAUUUACCUUUCCAUUUGGCAUCCUAUUCUCCACGUUUUUGUACUGUGGGGAGGCAGCAUCUGCCUUGUACAUGGUUAGAAUCUAUCGGAAGAAUAGUGAAACCUACUGGAUGACAUACACCUUUUCCUUCUUUAUGUUUUCAUCCAUUAUGGUCCAGUUGACCCUCAUUUUUGUCCACAGAGAUCUGGCCAAAGACAAGCCACUAUCAUUGUUUAUGCAUCUAAUCCUCUUGGGACCUGUUAUCAGAUGUUUGGAAGCCAUGAUUAAGUACCUCACACUGUGGAAGAAAGGAGGGCAGGAGGAGCCCUACGUCAGCCUCACCCGAAAGAAGAUGCUAAUAAAUGGCGAGGAGGUGCUGAUAGAAUGGGAGGUGGGCCACUCCAUCCGGACCCUGGCUAUGCACCGCAGUGCCUACAAACGUAUGUCACAGAUCCAAGCCUUCCUGGGCUCAGUGCCCCAGCUGACCUGUCAGCUCUAUGUGACCCUGAUCUCUGCAGAUGUCCCCCUGGGUAGAGCUGUGCUAAUAGUCUUUUCCCUGAUAUCUGUCACCUAUGGGGCCACCCUCUGCAAUAUGUUGGCUAUCCAGAUCAAGUACGAUGAAUACAAGAUUCGCCUUGGGCCACUAGAAGUCCUGUGCAUCACGAUUUGGCGGACAUUGGAGAUCACCUCCCGCCUCAUGAUUCUCGUGCUCUUUUCAGCCACCUUGAAAUUGAAGGCUGUGCCCUUCUUAUUGCUGAACUUCCUGAUCAUCCUCUUUGAGCCUUGGGUUAAGUUCUGGAGGAGUGGUGCCCAUAUGCCCAAUAACAUUGAGAAAAAUUUCAGCCGGCUUGGCACCUUAGUGGUGUUGAUUUCUGUGACCGUCCUCUAUGCGGGCAUCAACUUCUCUUGCUGGUCAGCUUUGCAGUUGAAGUUAGCAGACAGCGACCUUGUUGAGAAAGGUCAGAACUGGGGACACAUGGGCCUACACUAUAGUGUGAGAUUGUUAGAGAAUGUGAUCAUGGUCUUGGUGUUUAAGUUCUUUGGAGUGAAAGUGUUACUGAAUUACUGUCAUUCCUUGAUUGCCUUGCAGCUCAUUAUUGCUUAUCUGAUUUCCAUUGGCUUCAUGCUCCUUUUCUUCCAGUACUUGCACCCGUUGCGCUCACUCUUCACCCACAAUGUAGUGGACUAUCUCCACUGUGUCUGCUGCUACCAGCACCCUCGGGGCAGAGUUCAGAACUCAGAGCCAUCCGUUGAUGCUGAAACAAGGCAAAGCAUUGUCUGAUUCUGUCUUUUGGGUAUUUUGGGAUGGGUUGGGGUUGCCAAGAGCAACUGUUAAAUUGAAGGAGACGAUGAGGCUCAUGGGUGAGUACCCACCAGGACAUUGUUUUGAGUUUUCUAUAAGCCUAUCAGAAGAAAGAGCAGCCCCCAAAUAGAUUUUAUUUCCUUAAGAUUGACUGCUAUGUUUGGACACCAAGGUAACCACUGUGUACCUGGGAGGGUCAGAGAUAUCAUUCACAUUCCUCCCACUCAGGUCAGCUGUCUGGCUGCCCUAUGAGAUAACUUACCUCCAUGCACCUAAGGCUCUCUGUGACCUUCAAGCUCUACUCAUUUGCUUGAGCAUUACUGAGGUUUCUGUGGGCUGAACUGAAUGGCCCAGAAUCCCACCAGAAUAUAUCGUGACUGAUCAGAGGAUGUGCCUGCUUAUCAGCUAUGGGUACCUCCCAAGGAAAUAGUCUGACUUAUGUGAAACCUGUAACUGUGAAUGUGGCUGGGGUCUUUUAAUUCCAGUGAGAAACACUGAUUACGAGGAAAACCCCACUAUUAAAAGAGCUGCUCCUUAAAUGAGUUAGCUCUCCAUUACGAUUUUACUAGUGAUCAUUCAUCAAGGAUCUUUCUUUUCAGUGGCCCUUCAAAGGCACACUCUGAGGAGGGAGUACAGAGUGGGUUUCUUUCAAGGCAUAAAGCAGAAUGACUAUCUCAGGGACCUGCAUGGGCCUCCACUGUGCUGAGUAGAGUGAUUGAAUCAAAGCUCUCACUUCAUGCCUCCUUAUCAGGGAUUCCCUCCAACCUGGCUUUUCUCUGCUCUUUGACCAACAUUGAUGUAGAUCUCAGAGAAGCUGAACUGUAACUGAACAUGUUUCUAAUGUGUGGAAGAAAUGAAGAUUGCUUUGUGUUUCCUACUAUCCUGAGUAUUUUGUUGAUUUGGUUUUUGGGGUUGAGAGAGGUAAUAAUAGCUAGGACAUUGCCUUUAUGUUGUUUGGGGUUGGGAGAGUGGCUAACACUCCAAGGUAGAGUGAAGGCAGAGGAGAGAAAUGAGAUCACGUUAAAUCAUCAUCAGUACUGCUUUCUGCCCAUAGGAUUUUAUUUUCUAAUAAGGAGCAUAUGCUUAUCAACCAUCUGCUCACUCCCACACCCCCAGUGGAUGAAUGAAGUUCUCCCUUCCUUAUGUAUCUUAAUGUUUAUAUCUUAUAUGAGUUGGAUAUUUUGAUGAGAUUGUGCCCACCACAGUGCUGUGAAGAACUGUGAACAAUCUAACCUAAGGCUUUUCAUUCUCAUCCAGUUUUACUCUUGGGAUCAUGUUAAGAAUUUAUCUUUAGCCAUUUCCCCUCCUCUUAUACAGUGUCAGGACGUUAUAUUGGAAGAGAUCCCUCUUCUAAGUAGCAGGGCUAUGAGCCAGAAUUGUCCUAUUUGCUGAUAUGUCUAGUGUGGUUUUCCCAUCUUCAACCACUGUUUGGGGCUAAAAGGAUUGCAUACUUAAUUGGGGGGAGAGUGAAGUGACUUGCUUUGGAGCAGUGGAGAUUUCCUUUUUCAACCUAACUCCCGCAUUCCUCAUUCUCAUCUUUCAUGAUGGAGAUGUAGGUUGUUGUCAUAAAAAGCACACAGCACUGUCCUCUGACUGUUCAAGGUGAAUUUGAAAGAAACAAUCUACCAAACCUCCGGAAGAACACACUGCCUCUUUGGAAUUCAAGCAAGAAUUUCUCCCUAAUGGUUAAUAUGCCUUCCAUUAAGAGCAAGAGCAGUAUGGAACUAUAAUUUGGUCCAUAAAAGCCAUGUGAAUCAGCUACUUAAGAGUCAGAUGCUAUGAGAACACAGAGACACACAGUGAACAAGGCAAGCCAAUUAGAGCUGGAGUGGAGACACACAGGACAGAAAAAUGUGCCUCAUGCUGGACCAGGCAUGUUUUCCCCCACGUAUCCUCUCCAGCCUCAGUGACUUAAUAUCCCAGGAAUGCAACGAGUUUAGGGUAAGGAGUGUGGAGCAAGUUCCACCUGAAAAACCUGCUGCCCUUACUUACAGAGAAGAGACACUAGUGAUACAUUAUACAAAUGAACCUUCAGAACCUCCUAUAGGUGACGGCCUUUCUGUUCCACAGAAAUCUCAUAAAUACACAGGAGGUGAAGAAAUUGUGGAAUAUGGGGGGUAGAUUAGAGGAAAGUGCUCCCUUCCACCCGUAAACACUUCUUUAAUUGACUACUCUCUUUUUAUCCUCAAAUCUUAAAGUAACACAGGGUACUUUUGUAGGGGCAAGUCUAACAGAGUGGGAGAGGAGGCAGAGAUGGGGCCAGCAAAUGGGUCUUGGAAAAGGAGUGCAGAAUCACAAAGUUUGGGUGUAAAUGCUAGGCCAUUGUAACAACAACUAUCCUCAUGUCAUUGGAAAGUCAGUAGGCUAAGUAUGGGCAAAUGAACAUAUUAAGGAAACAUAUUAAAUAAACUAAUGGUCGUCAAUUUCAUUUGCUUCACAAAUGCCUCAAAGACUAUGGGCAUAGAACCAUGAGGCACUGUCAGAUAAUUAAAUACUAGCUAAUAUUUAUGAGCACUUGCGAUAUGUCUGGCAUGGCCCUUUAUAUGCAUUAUUUCAUUCAAUCCUCAAAACAACUCUUAUGAGGGUAGGUAAUGUUAUUCCACAUUUUACAGAUGAGGAUUCUAAGGCAUAGAAAAGUGAAGUGACCUGCCUAAGGUCACAGAGAGUGUCAGAGCCAGAUUCAGUCUUGGGCCCUCAGGCUCCAGACCUUAUACUCUUGAUCAUGAUGUAAACCUCUAAGUUCUCUUAGGUCCUUUGUGAAAAUAUUUUAAUAUGUUAGUGGUUUC